GGAGCCAAAAGCGACCCUUCCGCCAACCACCACCAUAUACAGUCCAUAGAAAUGUCAGGGUCAAUCGACUCAAUACUGGACUUGAUAUUUCCUGCCCCUGCCCCUGCCCCUGCUCCUGCCCCUGCCCCUCUCUCUAAGUAACGGCAGCUCUCAAUUGAGCUCAACUGCCAUGCAUUUAAGUCCCACGCGUCUCUCGCUUUAACAUUCGUCGUCUCUCUCUCUAACUCUAAUCAGGACAUAAAUCAGAGAGAGAGAGAGAGAGAGAGAGAGCUGUUUGUGUUGGUUGUGAGAGUGUUUGGUAUAGGUAAUCUUAGAGAAUGGAGGAGGAGUGGAAAGACGGUGUGGGAGCAAAUGAGGCAGAAGAUAGUUUCUCAAUGGAAAGCAAUGAGAUCGAGCAAAGCAAAGUGAGUAUCAUGAGAGCUCUCGUCGAAGUAGAAGACCCCUCUGCCAAGGAAGAGGACGAUUUGAUGAUCCGCAGAUUUCUGCGGGCUCGUGAUCUGGAUAUCGAGAAGGCUUCUAACCUAUUCCUGAAGUACCUGAGCUGGAGGCGGACAUUUGUUCCUAAUGGCUCCAUAUCCACAUCAGAGAUUUCAAAUGAACUAGCCCAUAACAAGUUGUUUAUGCAAGGCGUGGAUAAGAAGGGACGCCCAAUAGUGGUUUGCUUUGGUGGCAGGCAUAAGCAGAACAAUCUAGAGGAGUUCAAGCGUUUUGUAGUCUAUAGUCUAGACAAAAUAUGUUCCAGAAUGCCAAGAGGACAGGAAAAGUUUCUGUGCAUUGGAGAUCUUAAAGGAUGGGGAUACUCUAGCAGUGACGUUCGAGGAUACCUAGCAGCUCUCUCGAUCUUGCAGGAUUGCUACCCAGAGAGGCUAGGCAAGUUACUUAUAGUCCAUGUGCCUUACAUAUUCAUGACUGCGUGGAAGAUGGUUUACCCAUUCAUUGACAGCAAAACUAAAAAGAAGAUCAUUUUCGUUGAGAACAAAAAGCUGAGAUCCACUUUGUUGAGUGACAUUGAGGAGAGCCAGCUGCCAGAUACCUAUGGAGGCCAACUACCAUUGGUCCCCAUCCAAGGCGCCUAAUUUAUUUCUCUUCCUUUGGCAUGUGGAGUUUCCCAUUCUUCUCCACUAUUUUUAGGCUUAGCUGGAUUAUUAAAUAUAACAUAGACAAGGCAAAUCUGCACUUUUUUUGCAAAAUUUCUACUCCCCCAUCACACUAAUAGUUGAGAUUAUACAUGUACACCGUUCGCUUGUUCUCUGCGACUGUAAUAAAAAGAAGGAUCUCUCUCUCUC